AGGAGAAGGGUUGCACACACGAGGGCGUCACCAAAAGGAAACGGGAGGUCGUGGGUGUUGUAAGCAACUAGUUCCAUGCUCCCAAAGAAGAGGCGUUACCAAACAGCUUCACCAAGAGGAGAAGGAUUGCGCACACGAGGGCGUCACCAAAUGGAAACGGGAGGUCGUGGGCGUUGUAACUAAAACCACUUCCAUGCUCCCCAAACAAUUUCUAAAGAAGUUAUAUGUUCGAUCUCCUAUUUAUUUCGUAUUUACGAAAGGCAUUUUUGAUUUGCGUAACGCCGUAACCACUGGC